UCUCUUAGUCGAAUGUAUAAAUAACGAAAAUACAUAUUCAGUUUGGUUUAAUUUCGAAUUUUUGCAAAAUGAAUUUGCCAAGUGUCCUGUUAAUUUGGUUCCUUUUUCUUGUUUACCAACAAGUCAACGCUACUUCAACAAUGGAUAGCCUUUUGUACGACGCCGUGCAUAAUAAUCUUGACCACAUUAUUGAGUUAAAGCAAUUAAUUGAGAAACAUGUAAACGAAAAUAUUGAAUUUCAAAGAAAAUUGAUGGAUAAUAGUCAUGAGAGUAUAGAACUUAAGGCGAAAGACCAGCAGAUUGAAUUGCUUACUAAACUAAAUGAAGAUUUGCGUAAUAACAUUGCAAAAAUGAACGAUUUCCAGAAUUAUACAAUUAACAAGCAAAAAAUUGAAACAGAAAAUGCAAUAAAAUAUCACGAUGAUUUAAAAAGCCAAAUACAACAAUUGCAAAAAAAUGAGGAAAAUUAUAAAAAGCGGUUGAAACAGAAAUCUAAAUCUCAAUCUGCAAUAGAGGAGAACUUAAACAGAGAAAUAGAAAAGUUAAAAAUUGAAGUUUCAUCAUUAAAGAACAAGUUGCAAGAAUCUCAGACUCAAUCGGCUAAUAAAACUAAAAUACUUGAAAACAAUUUUCUACAAUUGAACCAAACUGUGAAAAAUGUAAUCGAGAGCAAGGAAAAUAUAACUAAAACUGUUUGCAAAGACCUCUUAUGGAAAACUCAUGCAAUUCAAAUUAUUGGAAUUGAUCACUUUAAUACUCUUUGCAACGGAGACAUAGAAGAAGCAUGUUGGAUAGCUAUUUAUAGUCGAUUUGACGACAGCCUAGACUUUAAUAGAACAUGGUCUGAUUAUUGCAAUGGUUUUGGCAACAUAAGAAAGGAGUUCUUUAUUGGCCUAGAAAAGUUGUAUCGCAUUACCAAUUCGCAAACCUACGAGUUGUAUGUAAAAAUUGGAUAUUUCAAUGAAAGUUACGGCUUUGCUAGCUAUGAUCAUUUUAAAAUUGGCGAUGAAAACACCAAAUAUGAAUUGCAGUCAUUGGGAGAAUUUACAGGGACAGCAAGUGAAGUAAUGAAUUAUCAUUUACAUCCUAAAUUCUCGACGUUUGAUGAAGACAACGAUCUUGCUACUGAUAUAAAUUGUGCUGCAAAAUAUGGUGCCUGGUGGCAUAACGAUUGUGGAGAGUUCCAAAUCAAUGGGAAAUGGUAUUAUACCCAAGUGAAAUCCGUUCAAAUGUUUAUCCGACCCGAAUGUCAAAAUUACUGAGAGUUCUGAAAUCAUAUGAAAUUUUAUUUGACGGAAACACUUGUUGCCUGGCAAGAGAGUUUUCACAAAAUUUCAAUUCGAAAAAGAUUUGUCCUAAAUUAAACAAUUUCUUUAAACUAUAAAUAUAUAUUACACAUAUUGGACGUGAUUUUAGCCACCUUAUCGAAAUGUCGUGUGAAAAAUUUAAUAAUUCAAUUAUACAAUUUUCAAUUCAAUUUAGAGCUAAAUGUUAUUUAGCAUUUGUUAUUAUCUAAUCCGAGCUAGAAUACGGCUUCUUCUUAAUAAUUCCAUAUGAACUGCAACAGUUGUUCUAUUUUUGGCGCCAAAAAUAGCCGAGUAAAUAAACACAAAUAAAAACGUGAGAGAUUGGA